GCUCCCUAGCCUUUGGCUGGGUGCAACUUCCAUUUUAGGUGUUGGAUCUGAGAGAAAAAAAAAGAGGGAGAGAGAGAAAGAAGAGCAGGAAAGAUCCUGAAAGGAGGAAGAGGUGGCGAAAAAUCAACUACCUUGCUGGAUUUGUCUUUCUCAGAACAUUGACGAAGCCUUGGUUUUCUUUCUUAAAGGACUGGUUUUUAGAAGUCCACAUUUGAGCUCUCUUCUUCCUGCUUCCUCCUUGCUGUGGUGGCUGGGAUGCUUCUCCCAUGAUAUUUUGAAUCUAGACUGGGCUGUUCUCUGUUAAACCAAUCAAUUACGACCUUCUCUUAACAGUGUGAAGUGAGGGGGGCCUUCUCCCUCCUUCCUCCUCCCCCUGUGAUCCACCUUCCCUUUUUACCCUGCCCUGCGGCGGCUCUGCCCCUUACCUUCAUGGACGACUCAGAGGUGGAGUCGACCGCCAGCAUCUUGGCCUCUGUGAAGGAACAAGAGGCCCAGUUUGAGAAGCUGACCCGGGCGCUGGAGGAGGAACGGCGCCACGUCUCGGCGCAACUGGAACGCGUCCGGGUCUCACCACAAGAUGCCAACCCGCUCAUGGCCAACGGCACCCUCACCCGCCGGCAUCAGAACGGCCGGUUUGUGGGCGAUGUUGACCUUGAGCGACAGAAAUUUUCAGAUCUAAAACUCAACGGACCCCAGGAUCACAGUCACCUUUUGUAUAGCACCAUCCCCAGGAUGCAGGAGCCAGGGCAGAUUGUGGAGACCUACACGGAGGAGGACCCUGAGGGAGCCAUGUCUGUUGUCUCUGUGGAGACCUCGGAUGAUGGAACCACUCGGCGCACAGAGACCACAGUCAAGAAAGUGGUGAAGACGGUGACAACACGGACGGUCCAGCCAGUCUCUAUGGGACCAGACGGGCUGCCUGCAGAUGCCUCAUCAGUUUCGAACAGCUAUAUCCAGACUCUGGGUCGUGACUUCCGCAAGAAUGGCAAUGGGGGACCUGGCCCCUAUGUGGGGCAAGCAGGCACUGCUACCCUUCCCAGGAACUUCCACUACCCUCCGGAUGGAUAUAGCCGCCACUAUGAAGAUGGUUAUCCAAGUAGCAGUGACAACUAUGGCAGUCUGUCCCGGGUGACCCGCAUUGAGGAGCGGUAUAGGCCCAGCAUGGAAGGUUACCGGGCACCCAGUAGACAGGAUGUCUAUGGGCCGCAGCCCCAGGUUCGGGGAGGUGGGAGCAGCGUGGAUCUGCAUCGUUUCCAUCCAGAGCCUUAUGGGCUUGAGGAUGACCAGCGUAGCAUGGGCUACGACGACGUGGAUUACGGCAUGAUGUCUGAUUACGGCACUGGCCGUCGGACUGGGACACCCUCUGACCCUCGGCGACGCCUCAGGAGCUAUGAAGACAUGAUUGGUGAGGAGGUGCCAUCAGACCAGUACUAUUGGGCUCCUUUGGCCCAACACGAACGGGGAAGUUUAGCAAGCUUGGAUAGCCUGCGCAAGGGAGGGCCUCCACCCCCGAAUUGGAGACAGCCAGAGCUGCCAGAGGUGAUAGCCAUGCUAGGAUUCCGUUUGGAUGCUGUCAAGUCCAAUGCAGCGGCAUACCUGCAACACUUGUGCUACCGCAAUGACAAGGUGAAGACUGACGUUCGGAAGCUCAAGGGCAUCCCAGCACUGGUGGGGUUGUUAGACCACCCCAAAAAGGAAGUGCACCUUGGAGCCUGUGGCGCUCUCAAGAAUCUCUCUUUUGGGCGCGACCAGGAUAACAAGAUUGCUAUAAAAAACUGUGAUGGUGUUCCUGCUCUUGUGCGAUUACUCCGAAAGGCUCGUGAUAUGGACCUCACCGAAGUGAUUACUGGAACCCUGUGGAAUCUCUCAUCCCAUGACUCAAUCAAAAUGGAGAUUGUGGACCAUGCACUGCAUGCCUUGACAGAUGAAGUGAUCAUUCCGCAUUCUGGUUGGGAGCGGGAACCUAAUGAAGAUUGUAAGCCGCGCCAUAUUGAGUGGGAGUCUGUGCUCACCAACACAGCUGGCUGCCUUAGGAAUGUCAGCUCGGAGAGGAGUGAAGCUCGCCGGAAACUUCGGGAAUGUGAUGGUUUGGUGGAUGCUCUCAUUUUCAUUGUUCAGGCUGAGAUUGGACAGAAAGAUUCAGACAGCAAGCUUGUGGAGAACUGUGUUUGCCUCCUUCGGAACUUGUCCUAUCAAGUUCACCGAGAAAUCCCACAAGCAGAACGUUACCAAGAGGCACCUCCCAAUGUUGCCAACAAUACUGGGCCACAUGCUGCCAGUUGCUUUGGGGCCAAGAAGGGCAAAGAUGAGUGGUUCUCCAGAGGGAAAAAACCCACAGAGGAUCCAACAAAUGAUACAGUGGAUUUCCCUAAAAGAACUAGUCCUGCUCGAGGCUACGAACUCUUAUUUCAGCCAGAGGUGGUUCGGAUAUACAUCUCACUCCUCAAGGAGAGCAAGAAUCCUGCCAUCCUAGAAGCCUCAGCUGGGGCCAUCCAGAACCUGUGUGCUGGGCGCUGGACGUAUGGUCGAUAUAUCCGCUCAGCUCUGCGUCAAGAGAAGGCUCUUUCUGCCAUUGCUGACCUCCUGACCAAUGAACAUGAGCGGGUCGUGAAAGCUGCCUCUGGAGCACUGAGAAAUCUGGCUGUGGAUGCUCGCAACAAAGAAUUAAUUGGUAAACAUGCUAUUCCUAACUUGGUAAAGAAUCUGCCAGGAGGGCAACAGAGCUCUUCCCAGAAUUUCUCUGAGGACACUGUGGUCUCUGUUUUGAAUACCAUCAAUGAAGUUAUUGCUGAGAACUUGGAGGCUGCCAAAAAGCUUCGAGAGACACAGGGUAUUGAGAAGCUGGUUUUGAUCAACAAAUCAGGGAACCGCUCAGAAAAAGAAGUUCGAGCAGCAGCGCUUGUAUUACAGACAAUCUGGGGAUAUAAGGAACUGCGGAAGCCACUGGAAAAAGAAGGAUGGAAGAAGUCAGACUUUCAGGUGAAUCUAAACAAUGCUUCUCGAAGCCAGAGCACUCAUUCAUAUGAUGAUAGCACUCUCCCUCUCAUUGACCGGAACCAGAAAUCAGAUAAGAAACCUGAUCGGGAAGAAAUUCAGAUGAGCAGUAUGGGCUCAAACACAAAAUCAUUAGAUAACAACUAUUCCACACUGAAUGAGAGAGGAGACCACAAUAGAACACUGGAUCGAUCUGGGGAUCUAGGCGAAAUGGAGCCAUUGAAGGGAACGCCCCUGAUGCAGGACGAGGGGCAGGAAUCUCUGGAGGAAGAGGUGGAUGUGUUGGUUUUGGAUGAUGAGGGGGACCAAAUGUCUUACCGCCCCCAUGCAGAAGAUUUAGCACCACUCUCUCCGCUACAUCUGGGCUUAUAAUAUAUGUACUUUUAUUUUUUGGUGGUGAAAUGGACUGAUGAUUUUUCCCUUUCUUCGCUGGACUGUUGUGCCCACUGCCACACUGCCUCCUGCCCUCGUAGCCCUAAGUGGCUGCCUUCUUUCCAUCAACUCCCUAACUUCUUCCAGUGAAGCUUAAUUGUCCCUCCUCCCCCCCUCCAGAUCCCCUGCAAUUACUCCCAAGAAGCCUGACUCGGUUAUAUGCAUAUCUUGAGAAACUGCUGCAGAUUAGCUCUUUUUGCCAGCUCUCCCUGGAACUCUUGACCUUGUGUGGAGGGAGGGAGAGAGUGGGAAUCCUCACUGGAAGCCAUGGGAAGAAUUGGAAGUUAUAUGCUAUAUAUGCAGUGUCCAGCAAUCUGAUAAACCGAUGAUUCUUAAGCAAGAUUUUUUUUCUCUUGGUGGGGAAGGGACCUUUACAUUUUUGGAGAAUGGAGGGCGUGAGCUCUUCCUUUAUUUCUAAUGACUAUUUUUGAAGCAAA